UUUCAUUUGAUGAAGAUUGUUGGGUUUUUGAAAAUACAUCCGAACAGCUGAUGUGAUGGAAUUGAAAAAAUAUUUUCGCAAUGCAAAUUUGUUCCAGACUAUAUAGCAUGUCCUUAGUCUGAUAAAUAGUCUUGUUGAUUUGAGUAACCCAAAGACUUUGUUAACGUCACUGCAGAGAGAUUACGUGGUGAUGGCGUGCUUAUAACUAUUUACCAAGUAAUAAAGAAGGGUUAGUGUUGAUAACAUGCGGUAACUACUCGUCAGUGCUGGUAGAAGUUAAUUAUGGCACCAGUCAAGGAAAACACAACAACUCGCAAAGGUCACGCCUCCACGACCUGACCUCAAAGAGCGUCCCAUGUCCUACCGGAGUUCGAAGGUGACUUGGUGUUUGACCUUUUCGCUCGACUCCUUCAGCUUGACCCUCACGAUGUCACGCAAAGGGUCCACGCUCGCCAUGCCCCAGCGGUUCGCGAGGGCGGGUCGAGUAAGCAGACCGUCGAACGAGCCCAUGUCGAUAGAGGCCAUCAGGGAACGCCGCGCCCGCCUCGAGUCCAUGCUCUCCUCCAACAACUUCCGCCUGCCGCCCUUGAAGACACCGUCCAGCUCCUCCUCGAAGACGCCGGUCGUGCAGCAACCGUCGAGGCCGUCCUCGAGGACCCCCCUCCCAGACAUCGGAAGCAGCCGUCCGGGGUCGCAAGAGAGCGCCCAGGAGAAGAAGGCGGAGAAGCAGAAGGAGAUGACGAAGGCGAAGGAGAAGGAGAAGGAGAGGGAGAAGGAGAAGGAGAAGGAGAAGGAGGAAGUGAAGGAGAAAGAGGAAGAGAAGGAGACGGGAGAGCUGAGGACGGAGACGAAGGAGCGACACGAACAACAGCAAGAGGAGAUGAUGGAGAGGAUGAGGAAGCAGAUGCAAGAAUUGAUGCAACAGCAGAUGCAAGAGCUCAUGCAGAGGCAGAUGCGAGACAUGCAGACGCUCCUUGAACAGCAGAUGGAACAUAGGAUAAAUUAUACCCAAAGGAUAGGCGAGGUUUCAAGCCGUGGGAAGUCGGGUGACGGCGCAAAGGAACAGGGGAAGAAAGACCAAGCAGGGAAGAAAGAGGAGAAGGAGAAAGAGAAAGGGGAGAAGGACAGAAGGGAAGACGAAUCGAAGGCAAAGAGCAAGGAGGAGGAAUCAUCGAAGACAAAGGGAGGUAAUCAACAAUCGGGUAAAAAGAAGAGAGAACUGAAGAGAAAGAAGGACGAAGAAGAUAAGAGGAAGGAAUUAGAAGACGAGUUAGUGAAGAAAUUUCAAGAAAGGAACAAAGUCGUCCAUAGCGCCAAGAUGAGAGAGACGCCACUUUAUUCCGAUGAUGCCUUCUUGCCCGGAGAUAAUUACACAGUCGACGUUGACUAUCGUCCAGGCUUCUUGCCAAAGGCCUUCACUCCCGAGCAACUAUCCUGUGCCACGGCCCCACAGACACCCUUCACUGAGGAACAUCCUGUGCAGUAUCCUGGCAACGAGCAACAUGUAUCGGAAGAUAAUGAGGAACUGCAGAGGGCAGAUGAUGAACAGCAGGUUUCAGAAGAGGAGGAGAAGCAGAAGGACGAAAACGAAGAGGACAAAGAAAACGAAAACGGAGAAGAAAAAGACCAAGAAAAAGAAGAAGACCCUAAGACGGAAGGAGAAAAGCCACAAGACGACGAAGACGAAGAGGGAGACAGCGACGAAGAGGACAUAUCGGACGCGAAAGAUGACAUAGUGGAAGGGUUGAAGAGCCAGGACAAGAGGCGCCAGCUGGUCUGCGCCGAAAAAGCCCGCCAUCUGCUCUCCUCGCCCCGCCCGCCGCUCAACCAGCUGAUCGCCGCCGGCAUUCUCCCGCCCCUGGUCCUGUGCAUGGCCAGGCAGGACGCUCCGGAGCUACAGCUGGAGUCCGCGUGGGCUGUGACCAACAUAGCGUCAGGGAAGUCGAAACACACCAACGCUGUCGUGGACGCGGGCGCCAUCAAGGUCCUCAUCCAGCUGCUGAGUUCGAAAAACACGGGCGUGAGAGAGCAGGCGGUGUGGGCGUUGGGGAACAUCGUGGGCGACGGACCGGAGUGCAGAGACCAGGCGAUUGCAGAGGGUCUCGUCAAACCGCUGGUCGGCCUCCUCAGCGUCACUACGCCUGCAUCCAUCGCGAGGCAGGUGUGCUGGGUCAUCACCAACCUCUUUCGGGUCAAACACCCAGUUAUCUCGCCGGAAGAGAGGAAGAUGUGCGCCGAAGCUAUCAGGAGACUCGUGUCACACUUCGAUGCUAAGGUGCAAGCUGACUCCCUGUGGGCGGCGGCCUACUUCGCUGACAUGGGGUCUGGCAGCAUCGACGAGCUGAUCGAGUGCGGCGCCGUGAAGGACAUGGUGCAGCGCCUCUAUUCGCAGGACGACAAGGUGGUCACGGCGGCACUGAGGGCCACGGGCAGCAUCGCGGCGGGGGCCAACCACCAGACCGAGGCAGUGGUGACGUCAGGAGCGCUGCCCAUCUACAGGGACCUCCUCGGCCAUUCCAACGCCGGAAUAGCCAGCGAAACGGCGUGGAUUCUCUCGAACGUGACAGCUGGAACCCCGAGCCAGAUACAGAUGGUGAUUGAUGUGCAGGUGGUCCCCGCUCUCAUGACGGCGGUUGAGAAGCGCAAUGAGGAGCUACAGAAGGAGGCGUCUUGGGCGCUUUGCAACAUGGUCUCGGGCGGCACGGAGGAGCAGAUCUCGAUGCUGGUGUCCUUGGGCACCGUCUCCUCCUUCUGCCACUUGCUCAAGUCUCAGGACAUGGCGCUGGUCAUGCUGGGUCUGGAGGCCAUCAGUAACGUGUUUACGAAAUCCCAGAACGAGGAGGCGACCGCCCGCCUGGUGGAGGGCGUGGGCGGCCUCGAGACCCUGCGAGGCCUUCAGUCGAGCCAGGACCCGAAGGUGGCGCAGACGGCCUCCACGCUGCUCGCGCUCUUCUUCAGCAGCAGCAGGAGGAGCAGCUACGGAUACUAAUAGGGGAGGGGGGCUGUGCGGGGGCGGAGCAGCUUUGUUUUUCUGAUAUGUUUGUCGAAUCACGGAUGUCGCUUUA